CUUUUGCAUGUGCAUAAUUUUUGUGUCCCUAAAUUACCGCAUUAGGCGCAAUUUAGCAAAAAUAAUUGCUAUCAACAUUAUGUAGAUAUAAGCAUCAAUGUCCUGUAAUGCCCCUCACCAGAUAUAUGUUUUCUUUUGUUUUAUUUAUUUUAUUUUAUUAGAUGGAAAAGGAAACAUAAUCAAUGUCAAAUUAUACUGUAUAUACCCCCAACCCAGAUGGAUAUACUCCAUCAGUGGGAGUCUUCCAUUUGCUUGAACAAAUUCAUGAUGGGGCAAAUAGAGGUACGGGGAUCUGUGCAUUGUUCGCUUUGGCAGAGCAGAUAAUAGGACCAAAUAUACCACAGGACUUUAUAAACUAUGCUAUUGGAUUACAAAAUAAUUUAUUCGGAGGUUAUCCUACAACCAAAGAUGUUGCACCCUCAGGUCUAUUUGCAGGUAUAUUUGCAUUGGUGACUUUAGUACAUCUACUUAUCUUCAUAAUAAAUUUCACUAAAGGUCAUUACUUCUAUCUAACAUUGGUAUUUGUAUUUGCAUCUCUUACCAGAUUUGUUUCAUUUAUGCUUAGAUUGUUUUGGGCUCAGGCUAUUCAAAAAGUUAAGAUCGGUUUAACCGAUGAAGUCUUACUUGUGAUUCCUUCCAUUAUUCUUGUAUCCUUUAAUUUGAUUUUGGCUCAAAGACUUUUCACUUGGAGACAUCCUGUUGGAGGUUCUAGAAAGUUAUUUUGGGGAUGUAUGUUUGGUUUGUAUGCUCUAGUCAUCAUAAUUAUUGCUGUAACGGCCACUGCUUCAUUAGUUCCUUAUAUUGCAUUUUUGUCAACUAAUUCUUAUUUAGCUUGGCAACGAUGUGUCAUGGCAUCUUCUGUUUUGGUCAACAUAUAUACUUUAACAGCAAUCGCUUUAAUUGGGUUGUCUUUCUGGUUACCAACUACGAAGGAUGAAAACUUAUAUACUUAUCAACCUUGGUGGAUUGAAAGUUUCAGUCCAUUCUAUUUCGUGGAAGCUGGUGCAGCUCAAAGAGCUGAAGAAACAUUCAUGAAAAGAAAUCAUAAUCAUAGACAUGCAGUCAGAGUCAUCGCUGCCACACAUCAUCAUUAUAAAAUGGUUAAAGGUUUAAGUAACCAGAGAGGUGACUUAUCACAUAACACAUCUUUAUUAAUAAUAAGUAUAUCUACCUUGUUAUUAUUUGUCAGUAACUUUUUAAGAUCAGUAGCUGUAUUUCAAGGUAGAAUAAAUUACUUUAGAGGUCCAGUUGCUAAUCCAAUUCCAAUGUAUAUGGCUUGGGGUGUAUUUGAAUUCUUCGUUCAUUUACUCUUCAUAGUUGGGAGAGUUGAUCUUAGGUUUUAUAGACCAGAUAUAUUACCUUUAGUUGUGAGAUCAAUCAUUACAGCAGAACAAUCUGUUGUGGUAAGUGACGCCGAAGAUAAUCUGGAAGGUGAAGAAUUUGAAGGAGAUGAUGAAUUUGAUUCUUAUAGUGAAGAAGAUAUGGAUGAAGGUUCAUUAAAGCACUCACGGAAUGUUCCACCUAUUUAUUCAUACCCCGUAGAUGAGCCUGGAAGGUCGACCGUCAAAAGGGAUGAUGAAUCAGAAUUUUUCUUCUAAUAUGUUAUUCAAGGAUCUAAAACAAAUUACGGUAAUCGCACUUCACAAGUGGUCUUGUGGGGAAGCAUAUUUAUCAAUAUUAUAGAAAACGAUAAAGGAGAACAAAUAGUAUAAUCUCUUUUAAUAUAAUUAAUAUAAUUUCACUUAUUGCUGCAAAAUAGUGCAGAAAAGUAGAAAAAAUAAUUUUUUUGA